CGGAGCUGCGAGGUGCCAGCGAGGGAAAGGCGGCGGGCCGGCGGGCGCGAGGCGGAGAGCGGGUGGCCGGGGAAGCUCGAAGGGCGGACGGCGGCGGCGAGCGAUCGGCCCGGAGCCGCGGGAGCCGGAGACCGCGGCGGCGGCGGCUGCUGCUGCUGCUGCUGGAGGAGCCGAGGGGACACCGCCCCUGCCCCUGCCCGCGCCCGUGCCGAGGCCAUCGCUGCUCCCCCGAGGCCCCGCGCGGACUAGCCUCCGUGAAGUGUCACGAUGUCUGACCGGAAGGCAGUGAUCAAGAACGCAGACAUGUCUGAGGACAUGCAACAGGAUGCCGUUGACUGCGCCACGCAGGCUAUGGAGAAGUACAACAUAGAGAAGGACAUUGCUGCCUAUAUCAAGAAGGAAUUUGACAAGAAAUACAACCCUACCUGGCAUUGUAUCGUGGGCCGAAAUUUUGGCAGCUAUGUUACACACGAGACAAAGCACUUCAUCUAUUUUUACUUGGGUCAAGUUGCAAUCCUCCUCUUCAAGUCAGGCUAGGUGGCCGCAGUGAAGGUGGCAGUGGCGGCGGCAGCGAUGGCAAGCAGGCGGCGUUGCUGGGACUGUUUUGCACUGGGGCCAGCAUCAGGAAGUCCUCUCCAAUGGCUGUGCUACUGCAUGGACUGUAUACUCGAUUUCAUGUGUAUGUUGCAGUAAACAAAACCAAACUUCUUUCUGUUUAGUUGCCUGGGGAAGAAGGCUGCUUUAUGUUUAUUUUUCAAGACUUUAAAAUUUUUUCUUCGGUUGUAUUGCACUAGGAAAUCUCUCCCACCCCUCCCUCUUCUCUUUCUCUCCCUACAUAAAAUUUUCAAAAAGCCCUCAACAAAGCCUGUAAGACUAGGAGGGCUGGGGGAGAACAGGCAGUUUCUGGAGGCAGAACUCAAAUUGUGCAGCCACCUCCUCCUGGUGGUGGGUGCUGCUUUGGGACGGCCGGGGAGGCUGCAGGGGACAGCGUAAGGAUUGGCAGGGAGAGGGGGAUAGGAAGGAGGCUAGGGGGAUUGAUCUAGUACCAGGGAGAAUAUUCCACUGAACUGUGAUUCCACGCCUUGGGGCACAGGGUGGGGUGGGGGGUGGAUUCUUUGAGGGGCCCUGAGACGUGUUUGUCUGUGGUGUGUGGGAGUGGGGAGCAGACUUAUCUUGCUGUCUUUGUCAGAAGAGUUUCUAAGUAAGGGCUGUGUCUUUGUGGAUUACCUUCUUUUAUUCUUCCUGCCAGAGCUCAUGCUAGGAGGAUGUUGGGGGUAGGAUUAGCUUGAUUUUUUUUUCUUCUAUUCAUUCUUCUCUCCUCCUGUCUGCUCCCUGCUUAGCCCUCAGUUUUCUCAUUCCUCUGGAGUUCUCUUAGAACAGCCCCUCUUAGUUGGCUGGCAAGGGAAUUUCUGGUGACUGUAGUUCCUUAGUUGUCUUAGCAAUCAAACCAAAUCGAUGUCUCCCCUUGAUUCUCCUCUAUGUAUAUGUGUGUAUGUGUAUGUGUGUAUCUUGGUUUGGGGUAGAGGGGAGGGAGGGGCAGGACAGUGUGGAAUCUCUACGGCAUAUGGUUAGAUAGGCUGCACAUUAAUUCUGAUUGGGCCUUUAUGUUAAAAACCUCUGGGGGUGUCUGUUUUAGGGGUGAAGGCAGUUGUCAACCCCCAUAGGCCAUCUGGCCCAGACAUUGCUUGCCCUAUGGCUGUCUGUUCCCCAGAAGGCUUUGGGAAGAUAGCGCACGAGGAGAUGGCUGUGAUGCCAUCUGCCCUGGAACUGGUUCUUAGUGGAGAGGGAAAGUGACUUGUGGGUGUUUGCAUCCCUUAUGGGAGGUGGGGAUGGAAGUGAUAAAGGGCUGUAAGGACCUUCGGGGGAACUUUGGAGGGGAUUAGUCUUGCAGUGGUGAAGCCAGGUAUCAGGAGAUGGAGCAGGGCUGCUAGUGGGAGGAGAUUCCAAGCAAAGUGCAGGGGGAGAUCUUGUCUAUUGAUCAAAUGGGGGUGGGGGGGAGUCAUUGCUGACUGAGCUGCUGAUUCUUGUAAAUCGCAUUUAAAACUCUCAUGUGUAGGGUUGGCACUGUGGGAGGGGGGUGGUUGGGAUCCAGCUCAUUCUUUAUUUUUUUUUCCCCCCCUCCAAGUCCAUCCUUGGGGCUGGUGGGGAGGCAGGAGAAUUCCCCCUCCCCAAGCCUUUAGUGUGUGCCGAGCUUUUUGUUGCUGACGGGGGAGGGUGGGUGCUGACCAGGGAUGGUGAGUGAGUUCCCUAUCAAACCCUUCGGUGGGCACAAGAUUGAGUGCUUGGCUUUAGGUUUUAUUUUUUUAUAAAUGUCAAAAUCUGUGUUUCCCCCUGCCUUCCCAGACUUGUGUGGCCAGUUGGAAAUGUCUGGUUUGUGUCAUCUCCCUCAUUUCUGGAGCAGGGGCUGAGACCCCACCACAUCUCCUAUGCUCUGCAUCCAUGCCUCUUUUGGACAUUAAAGGUCGAUUGAUGCACUUCUGAGCUGUUUGGGUUUUUUGGGGGUGAGAGGAGGGGACAAAAGGGCUACCCUGGUGACUGUGGUGCCACACAUGGGUGGGGGUAGAGGGUAUCUAGGGUGGAGUAGGAUGGGGGCUGAAGAGAUAAGACCAGACAAAGACUAAUUGCCCUGAAUCAGAUUUUAGUUGUAGGGUCUAGUCUGAGGCCCCUUUACUGGGGAGAAAAUUAACCAGCAGAAGUCACUCACAGGCUUUCCAGGUCCUUGUUGGAUAUGGCCAGGUGAGCCACAUUUGGGGUCUUUGGUAUAGUACAUGUUGUCUUCCCUGUUUCCAGCCCCAGGUCCAGAUGGCAGUUUUCCAGCUGUUGUCUUGGACCUGGAGGAUCUUUGCUGCUUAGAACCUUUGGCCAAGCCCUCCUACGGCCAAGAACCUGUAGCCCUCUUAACUCCUCCUCCUGUGCUUCCCUGAGGCCUGGACACUAUCAGCCAAGUCCUGCUCUAGCCACUUAGAAAUGGAAAAGUGGGGGAUCUUUAGAAGGAUGGAAGCACUCUUGGUGGAACCUGAGUUACUCUUCUGACUCCUGUGUUAUUCUGGCUGUCCCACUUGAGGAUCCUGCACCCACACACCUGAAGAGGUGGGCAAUACUUCAGAGAGUAUCUGCCCACCCCUGAUGCCAAGCAGUUGUUGGACUCCUUGUGGAAGUGUCUGGGAACAGGGGUGCUUUGUACACCUUUCCAUUGCCACUUACUUAGAGAUACCUGAGUUUUUGCAUACUUGAGCCUAGGAUGCUGUCACACAGAGCAAGAUAAAUUCUGUGCUCCCAUGGCAUACAUACUCUAAUCAGGUAGAGCAUACCUACACACUGAUAAGCUUUUUCCAAUAGUGAUAAAUGUACAGUCAAGGAAAUAACUGGGCAAUGAGUUGUUGGUUGUUGGAGGUAGGUAGACUGAAUUCCUUCAGGUGGGAAGUUGGGCUGGGUCUUGGAGAGGGUUCUACCUCUGGGGCAGUGAGGUCCUAAGGGACUUUAGAACCCCCAAAUUCUGUUCUUGCCUUUCCCGGUAUGAAUAAUUUGAUAGAGGUGGAGCAUUGAGGGAUGGGAGUGAGGCCAUGGUCCACGUUUUGUCUGUGAAGGGUAUCUCUAGGGCUUAAACUCCGCUUUUUGCCCUCAUGAGAGAAGCCAUCGAGCUGGUAUCUGUGGACAACAUACCCAGGUAGGUACACUGCUCUUCUGGAAGGCUAAUGCCACAAGGCUUUGUGGGGAGGAUGGGUUCCAGAAGGGGCUGUAGAAGGCAGAUGGACAUUGUAUUAAGGAAUGCAGCUGCUGUCAGAACUGGGGCCAGGGAAAGAGUGGGAUUGUCCAUAGCCUACCUCUCUUUUAUCCUAUUCAAUCUUCUGGGGCCUUUGGCUAAACAUAACUGAAAGGCAGUUGGCAAGGCUGACCUAGGCGUGCAAUCUGGAGGGAACGGAGCAGGAAAGAGAAGAGAAUAAAUCCAAGGGGAGUAAACCAAACCAGCACGGUAGGGAGUUGUCUGUUGCUGUGUGUCUGUCCAUCUCCAGAAUUCUAGUGGUCCCGUAGCCUAGACCUAAGGUGUGGCUGUACCCCAGACUAUCCCCUCACUUCUUCAUGUCUUUACUCAGACAUCGUGUUAGCAGAGGGGCCUUCUGACAUCCUGUAUGAGAUCGCACCUCCUUAUCACCACUACUAACCUUACCCAGUGUAGUUCAGUACAGAACUUGCCAAAGCCAGUGUUUGACAUGUUUGCUGUUGUUGGUCUCCCACAAUUAGAAUAUAAACUGUGGCAGGGCCAUUUUCUCUUUUCUUUGCUGUCUUCACACAGAAUAGCACUUGUCCUGUAGCUUGAUAGAUGUUGGUUGGUCAAAUGAAAAAAGAAGAGUGUAAGGAAGCAUGGGCAUCCUCUCCACCCCAGGGCAGCCCAACCUUUCCUGAAGAGACUCCCGUCUGGCUUAUGCCCUCUUGCUGCCCAGCCUGUAUGUAAUUUCCUCCUGCCUGGAAAGGAGUGAGUGGGUCACUCCUCUUGCCAGCUAUGGAACAAUGAAAGCAUGUGUUCAUAAAGUACAUUUUACAGCAUUUCAGUUUGUUUCUGUCCCCGAAACCUCCAAGCACCCGUCUGAGCGAGACCCAGCAGUCAUUAGCCACAUUUUUAGAGAAGCAAACUGAAUCAUAGAGGGUGAGUGACUUGUCAAAGCCCAUGUAGCCGCUAGCAUUUCUAGAGCCCAGGUACUGUAACUCCUAAGGGCUGAACUGGGUUUGACAGCAGUGGUCUCACUGAUACUCCUCAAGCUUUAGACCCAACUCUUUGAGCUCAGGAGCAAAUCCCUGCUUCCGCUGAUAGCUUUCCUGGACUCUGCUUUAGCAAGGGCAGGGAGGAUACUUCCCUGUCCCUCCCUUCUCACUCCUCCCAUAUACCAAGGAUUGAGGAGCUGCCCCUUCCUUGAGGUCUCACCAGAGGGGUAAAUAAAUCAUGUGGACUUAGAGAAUAGAAUCCCAGAAUUGUGACCUCUUGCCUCCCCUGAACUAAAGGUAUAGCUUCCUUACCACCCUGGUAACGAGUAUGCUGUAUCACCUGUUGAAGAGGUCAAGUGUACCUGUAUGUAUAUCUUUGUGAUGUCAUGGGCUUGGUGUCCACACCAGUGUAGAGGCAUUCUCCCCUGCUUAGAUGGCUACUGUACUGGUAUAGACAGGUUCAUAAGAGAUCAAAGAGGACCCCAGGUCCCUAUGCUCCUCUUUUGACCAAAUAAAGGUGUAUAGUGUUUGUGGUUAGGCUGCUAGUCAUCACUCUCUUGAGUUUCCAGAGAGAGGCUAAACAUGCAAAGACAGUGGUAGUGUGGGUAGAACCCAGGAUCUAGAAUCAGAAGACCUGGGGUUGAGUCUCAGCUGUAACAUUUAACCCAUUGUAUGAACUUGGGCAACUCCUCCCUGAGACUCAAUAUCUUCAUCUGAAAAUGGGGGUAAUACCUAUUUACCCUAAAGGGUGGUUAUGAGGAUCAAAUGACGUGUAUGUGAAAAUGCUUUGAAAUUGGAA